AUGUUCAUUCUCUCACUCGGCUGCAGCUUCUACGGCUCUCAGAUGAGUCAGGCGUUGGCCACGGUAUCAACCGGUACCUCGCUAGCGCACUGGUGGGAGGUCCACUGGCCAAGCCUGGUUCUUGGGCUGCUCCUGGGUCUGAUUUUUGGCCCGGUGUUCGAGGCGCUGAUUCGCAUCUAUUUGUGCCAAGUGGCGAUUCGGCGGCUGGUCGGGCGGCUUUGUAUGGACAGCCGAGUGGCUGAGCUGGAAGACGCCUUGGAAGACCUGAAAGAGGAAGUGAGAUACCUCCGUGGCGAGGUCAGGCGGCUUCGUCGCUUGGUUGAUGACAGAGACAGCCGGAGCGACGGAUCUCAGAGGUCCUCUCGGGCCUACUCAGAGGGCAGCUUCAGCUUAGUGGAGAGGGAGUUCAACGAGAACGCUUCGAGGUCGAGAAGCGACACUCCGUGCACAGAACAAGCCUCUGCAGUAGGUUCUGACCCGGGUCGAAGUGGGAGCACUCGUACCCCCCAGUCCUGGUUGGAGCGAGAAGGGAUCUGCGACGAGAUUGCCGAGUUCAUCAAGAGGAGUCUGGACGGAGACCACCGCGGAGCUUCUGGGCGUGAUCGCCUUCGUUUGCCUUCCCGCAUUUGGCUGGUGUUCAGGGAUUACGAGGGGCUUCAAUACAAGCCUGUGAGAGUGUGCAGAUCGUGGCAGAGCUGCAAAGAUUUGGUGAAGCGUGGAGACGGAGCAGGAGUGUUGGCUGGCUUGCCAGCCGCUGAUAUGGAAGGUUUGGAUGGGCUUGACGAGCUUCCUGAAGAGGACGCUCCUUCGUGCCCCUUUGUGGUGUCUGAAGACGGCACCGCCCAGUACCACUACGACCUAUGGCGUUAUCGUACGCCCCUGGGAGUCCUAAUUCAGUGCAUUAUGGUGAGUGCCCUGGCAGAUGGCCGCUACUUAGCAGCUUUCCCUCAUGCCUCCCGGCACCGGCAAACUCAGAAGAGGAGUCUGCCUCCAAUUUUGCUCAAGCCUUUGUUGGUGGAAGUAUUAGUGGCCCACGUGUCUGCACGAGAGGAGGCCUUGGAGGACUACAUGAAGAUCUGGGUUGGCUACAUCUCCGCGGAGACCUAUGGGCAGAUGGAGGUGUUUGUGGACGGGAUGCAGAUCGACCAAGAGUUCAAGCUGGCCGCUGCUACCGACUACUUGCCCUACGCCCCGGCAUUGAUCGAGGCCCUCGACGAGCGCUUCGCCUUCCUCUCUGCAGAGUCCGGCCUUGGCGAGAAGCACAUGAUGCGAGAAGGGAGAUCAGAGUCUGGCUUGGGAGAAGAGCAAGACCUACCCAACCGGGUUUCCUCUUUGGAAGUUUUGAUGGAAAAGAUGAAUGGGAACCUUCAGACCUUGCUGGAGAAGCUGGACCAUGUCCCCAGAGGGGGAGCCACGCCAUCUCAGAGUCGGGUGAGCUUUGCCCCCUCGGCGAGCCAGAUCCCGGCGAAGUCUGCCAAGACCGAGACCCAGGUGAAGAAGUUCCCGGGGCUGGAUGCGGCGGUGGUGUCAGCGGCAUUGGCCGCUGGUGUGCCCGAGGAGAACCUCACGGAGAUGCAACGCCUGAUUGGCUCUGGCGGCAAGGCGACACAGCGCUUGCGCGAGCCAGCCCUCAGGAGCUCUGCGAAAAAGGAGGCCAUGCAGUUUGCGGAGGCGCUCGACGAGAGCGAGGAAGAGCCAGAGCCGGGUCUUUCCGGCGGCGAGCCUGGUUCAGCAGAAGUUGGAGAACCGGCCACUGUGGAGAGCACUUUGUCCAAGCUGACAGAGCUAGUUGCACUGUUGAGCGCGGACAAGCUGAAGCGGGCGAAGGCCACCAAGAUGGACCUUGCCCUGGAUGGGGUGCAUGUCAGUGGCGGAAUGGGCGACAGCUCUUCUGGAUCUGCGGGCAAGCGGGCCGCAGCUGCGCGGAGAGCACUCCGUGUGGGCCUGCAGGAGACGCCGGAGGAAAUCAGCACUGUGGUGGAGAAGCUGAUCCUGGAGGACCUCAUGCUGCGAACUCAAGCUCCCGGGAUGCCGGUGAACGAUUUCAAUGCCAGAGCAUGGGUGGAGCAUCGCAGCCGCAUUGGGGCCUACAAGACCUCUGCCUACAUGGCUUGGGCGGCAGCGGGGAUCCUCGACGACCUGGUGAAAGGGAAGGUUUGCCAUGCUCGAGCUCGGGCUGCGCUUAUGCUGGUGAUGUUGGACCAGGUGGCCAUAGAUCGUGGCUCGUGGGUCCUUGGAGCCGAGCUGAUGUUGGAGCAGGGGCCCCCGCUCUCUACCUUGGCAUCCCAUACGCUGCCGUCAGUGAACCGGGUGCCUUGGACCUUUAUUCAGGGCGUGGAGGGGUUGCCCGAGCUCUGGUUUCUGGAGGAUGUCCUUGGGUGCUCACUUUUGAAAUUGCCCGAGCUCUCGUUUCCCGAGAGGAGUGCCUUGGAUGUCAGCUGCAAUGAAGGAGAAAGUAGGCGACCUGAGUCUAGCGACUUGUUCCGCUGUGACUUCUGCCGUUUUGGCACAGGAUGGAGGAAGCGGACGAGGGUCGCUACCAAUGUGCCGGCGUUGAAAGGCCUACGGAUGCUUUGCACCUGCACCAAGCCUCACCAGCGUUUGAGGGGUCAGCAUCCUGUUCUCAAGAUGCCUUGGACUGCCGUAGCCCAGCCUUACCCUAGAGGAUUUAGCAAGCUCAUAGCUGUCUCCUGCUUACAUGCAGCUGGAUGGGCCGAAGCUGGAAAACUGAACAUCGCUGGCUGCAGCAGGAGCAAAAGCCUCAGAGUCGGCGAGGCCACCAACCCAGGGCCUAGGGGCCUCAGAACCCCGCGACCUUUCUCUCUGGAAGAGGCGCCGGUUCAGUGUUGGGCCUCUAUCAAGCUUGGAGAACGGCGUCGGGACUUGUUUUUAGAAUGGUGCAAGCAGUACCUCUCUCGGGAUCCCAUUGAACUCUUUUUGCAGGUGCCGCUGUUUCUGGCUCACGCAGUUCGAAAAUAUGGAGACAGAGAGUUCAUGUCCGGGGGUUCCCUUUUGUACUACCGGCACUUGGUUUUGGUUGCUCUGAGGAAGAUCCCCAACAUGCGGCCCUUCGCCAGCAUAUGUUGGGAUCUGGCGACUAGGUGGGAGAAGGCUGAGCCAACAAAGCAUCGCCCUCCGGUGCCUGAAACGCUGCUGGAGGCGAUGGUGACGCUUGGAUGGUUCUUAGGAUGGCGCCGAUGGUGCGGCGUAUGUUUGCUGUGCUUCUAUGGCAUAGCAAGAGCUGGUGAAGUCCUACGGUGUCGGCGUGAAGACCUUCUCCUACCUUGUGACAUGAUGCAUGAGUGCGAUGCGGCCUUCCUCCUGCUGCGGCAAUCAAAGACAAGCUACCGACAGCUGGCGAAGGUUCAGCAUCUCAAAAUUACCAGCGUGCAUGCUGUGAAGCUCUUGAAUUUGAUCUACCAGGGUGCGGAUCAUUUGGAUGUGCUUAUUUUCCCUGGCAGUGCCCAUGUUUUUAGGCGCCGCUGGAACCAUGUGUUAAAGUUGCUCCUGGUUCCUGACGUCGCCCAUGUGACUCCUGGUGGUCUACGAGGAGGCGGAGCAGUGUCUUGCUACCGGAAAGGGGCCUCCAUUCCCGACCUUCUGUGGACCAUGCGACUGAAGCAGGUCGCUACGCUUGAAGCCUACCUCCAAGAGGUUGCAGCCUUAAGCGUCCUCACUGAGCUACCAUGGGCUUCUCGCAGAGCCAUUCGAAGUGCUGCCUCUCUCUUCAACCACCUGCACCAAGCUGGGGUCUACGACAACAACGCAAGCUUUGCCUUGUGA